UUCUGAGUAUAAACGACAGACUGAGCGGUUUUCAAUACUUCAAUACAGAAACGGAAAUAUUAGGAUUUAUAGACAUUUCAAAUUUUAUUCAAAUUCGACAACAGUCUGCCUCCGCCAAAAGUUAUAAACCUCUGACAAAACUCAUACUUGAAGAGACCGAGACAAAAGAGCGCUUGUCUUUUGUUUAUCGAGGCUCGCCGGUAUUGGUAACGCGGACGUGCGGAGGUGAAGCGACCCUCUACCGCGAGCUAGCUGAGUUAGCUAGCUGAGUUAACCGUUCAUCUUAACCCGGUGACGGUGCUGACAAACUGACAAAAAGUCACUUGAUUGAAUGUGGACUGGUCUCCACCUGCAGGGCAACCAUGGGAUUAACUGGGAGGAAAUCGGAGAAGGGUCCGGUUUGCUGGAGGAGGCGAGUAAAGUCUGAGUACAUGCGACUGCGGCAGCUCAAACGUUUCAGGAGGGCAGAUGAGGUCAAGAGCAUGUUCAGCUCCAACAGACAGAAGAUCUUGGACCGUACAGACAUAUUGAAUCAGGAAUGGAAACUGAGACGGAUACAGCCUGUUCAUAUUAUGACACCCGUAAGCUCCUUACGAGGGACCAGAGAGUGUACUGUUGACAGUGGCUUUUCAGAGUUCUCCAGACAAGUCAUUCCUCUCAAAACCCUCAACGCCGUGGCCUCCGUGCCGGUCAUGUACUCAUGGUCACCACUCCAGCAGAAUUUUAUGGUUGAAGAUGAGACGGUAUUGCACAAUAUCCCAUACAUGGGUGAUGAAAUCCUCGAUCAAGACGGCACCUUCAUUGAAGAGCUUAUUAAAAACUAUGAUGGAAAAGUCCAUGGAGAUCGAGAGUGUGGCUUUAUAAAUGAUGAGAUCUUUGUGGAGCUGGUGAAUGCGCUCAAUCAGUACAGUGAUAAUGAUGAUGAGGAUGACGAAGAGGAAGAACAACAUGAUUGCAAAUUGGAAAAGAUGGAUCUUUGUGAUGGAAAAGAUGAGCCUGAAGAUUCUCACAAGGACCAACUCAAUUCUGAAAGUCACAACAAUGACGGAUUGAAAAAAUUCCCCUCUGAUAAAAUCUUUGAAUCCAUUUCUUCCAUGUUCCCUGAUAAAGGCUCACCUGAAGAACUCAGAGAAAAGUAUAAAGAGCUAACUGAGCAGCAGCUCCCGGGUGCUCUUCCGCCCGAGUGCACCCCCAACAUAGACGGCCCAAAUGCAAAGUCUGUGCAGAGAGAGCAGAGUCUGCACUCCUUCCACACACUCUUCUGCAGGCGUUGCUUUAAAUACGACUGCUUCCUUCACCCUUUUCAUGCAACUCCAAACACAUACAAGCGCAAAAACAUGGAAGAUCUGGUUGACGGCAAACCGUGUGGGGUGUACUGCUACAUGUAUAUGGUGCAGGAUGUUAUGGUAAGGGAAUAUCCACCUGGUGUGGUGGCAGAGCGUGCCAAGACCCCUACUAAGCGCACAGUGGGCAGACGCAGAGGUAGACUGCCAAACAGCAGCAGCAGACCCAGCACCCCAACGGUCAACAAUGAGACUAAAGAUACGGACAGCGAUCGAGAGGGCGGGGCCGAUGACAAUGAUUGUAACGAUAAAGAUGAGGAUGACAAAAAAGAUGAGACCACCAGCUCCUCAGAAGCAAACUCUCGCUGUCAGACUCCAGUGAAGUUGAAGUUGAGCUCAGAGCAGCCAGAAAAUGUAGACUGGAGCGGAGCGGAGGCUUCUCUUUUCAGAGUGCUGAUCGGAACAUACUAUGACAACUUUUGCGCUAUCGCAAAGCUCAUCGGCACAAAGACCUGCAGACAGGUUUAUGAAUUCGGGGCAAAAGAAUCUAGCAUUAUUGCCCGUGCACCUGCGGUGGAUGAAAACACUCCUCAAAGGAAGAAAAAGAGGAAACAUAGGUUGUGGGCCACCCACUGUCGGAAGAUUCAACUAAAAAAAGAUGGCUCCUCCAAUCAUGUGUACAACUAUCAGCCAUGUGACCACCCUCGCCAGCCAUGUGACAGUUCUUGCCCCUGUGUCACUGCUCAGAACUUCUGUGAGAAAUUUUGCCAGUGUAGUUCGGAAUGUCAGAACCGGUUUCCAGGUUGCCGUUGUAAAGCGCAGUGCAACACCAAGCAGUGCCCAUGUUACCUGGCCGUACGGGAGUGUGACCCUGACCUAUGCCUCACCUGCGGGGCGGCCGAACACUGGGACAGUAAAAACGUCUCCUGCAAGAACUGCAGCAUCCAGAGAGGAGCGAAGAAGCACUUGUUACUCGCUCCAUCUGACGUGGCUGGUUGGGGAAUCUUCAUUAAAGAGCCUGUUCAAAAGAAUGAGUUCAUCUCUGAGUACUGUGGGGAGAUCAUCUCUCAGGACGAAGCAGACCGCAGAGGCAAGGUCUAUGACAAAUACAUGUGCAGCUUCCUGUUCAAUCUGAAUAACGACUUUGUCGUUGAUGCAACUAGGAAAGGAAACAAGAUCAGGUUUGCCAACCACUCUGUAAACCCCAACUGCUAUGCAAAAGUCAUGAUGGUUAAUGGGGAUCACAGAAUUGGCAUAUUUGCUAAGAGAGCCAUACAGACUGGAGAGGAACUGUUCUUUGACUACAGAUACAGUCAAGCCGAUGCUCUGAAAUAUGUGGGCAUUGAACGUGAACGUGAACUGGAAAUGCAAAUGCAAUGAUUUCGUGAAGCCAUCUACCUCCUUGAACAAAUGCCUUACAUUCUUCAUUAAUUCUCUCUCCACAUCCGUUUUCAAUAGUUUAGAUACUGGAUUUUAUAGGACAGACUUUUUAAAAAGUGAUGUUUUUAGGAUUUUUUUCUGUCUUUUUUUUACUCGACCAACAGGCUUACUCUGGGAUACACUUUUUUUAAUGCUAACGUGAACAUUGUCAUGUUUACAGCUGCAGCGAACCAUUCAAUCAUGGGCCAUUGUUUUGUAUUCUGUUUUUUUUUGUUUCCUGUUGCUGUAAGUUAUAACACCUUUGGACCAAACUUCACAUUGCAACACAGGCUGUAUGUUUGUAACACAGAUUGCACAUCACAGCUUAUUUUUAAAGUUUUGUUCUUUGUGAAAACCAAAGUCACGUUCCUUUUUGCAUGUAAUGGUGCAGCGGUUUCUUUUUGGAGUGCCGGUGCACAGUUGCUGUAAAGAUGAUAAAAUGAAACCGCGUGGUGAAUUAUGAAAUAAGGAAUGGGCUCAGUAUCAUACUCUUGCAGUGCCUUGAAUUGUUAAAAACACUGAAUAGUUUCUUGAAUUAGAUUUCUUAAAAUGUUGUUGAACAGUAUAUUCAUUGUAUGCAUGAACAAAGGUUUUGAAUGGAGUUGGAAUCAGGUAUCUCGUCUUUGCUCAAUGUUAUUCUGUACGGUUUUGUAACAUCUGUGUCAAAGUCGCAGCUGUGACCUAGACGUUACUUAAGAUAGGGUGAUUAACUUGUCAUGGUGCUCUUUUUGUCCCGUAUUAAGUGAAACACAAUCUUUUUCUGAACCUGGGCUGUUAUAAGAAUCAAAGCAAUAAUACCACGCUAAAAAAAAGAUUAAGGACCCUAUUUAUUUCAUCAGCAUAAACUUGUUCUAUAUAAUUUAUUGGUGCUAGUCUUUGCAGUGAUUUGUUUAGGGAACUUUAGGACCUUUAGCCAAAUCACUCACGCAUUCAACUCGCAUGUUACUAAACCCGUUGAUUACAUUAGUCUAUCCCCUUCUGUUGCCCAAGGGUUUUUGACCACUCCAUCUCCAGCGUUCUGCCUCUUAUUAUAUGGUGCUGUUAAAUUGUUUACAGGGACUUGUAAAAAGUGACGAAAUAAACAUAGAAAAUAAUACC